AUGGAACUCAAACUUUAUUGCCAUACCCCGCAAGGUGAACUGUACAAAUAUGUUUCGGGUCGCUUGACCACCUGGAUCAUCUUCCUUCCCACAAAAGCAGAUAUGGCUACAACCAGUGAUAAACGACCUGUCGUCGCUGUAGUCGGUGCCGGCCCAGGCAUUGGCGAAGCCGUUGCACGUCGUUUCGUCGCAGAAGGCUUCUGUGCCGCACUACUCGCACGAACAGAAGAUAAAUUGCAGAACAUGGUAACGGGCAUCGAAGCCGACUACGGGAAAGAUACCGCCAAGUACUACAUCACCGACCUCCGUCUCGAGGACUCGGUCAACGCAAGUUUCCGCAAAAUCCAAGACGAGCUCGGUUCGGUCGACGUCCUGGUAUACAAUGCUGGCGCCCGUCGAGUGAACGGAAGGACCAUCCUCGACACGACAAGCGAGGAGUUCGAAAACUUCACCAAGAUCAAUCUCUUCGGUGCCUUCUGGGCGACAAAACGUGUCUUGCCGGAUAUGCUUGCAAAACAACAAGGCACCAUCCUCUUCACCGGCGCCACAGGAGCAUUACGCGGCGUACCAGGCCUUUCGAGCUUCUCCCCUGGGAAAUUCGGUCUUCGUGCUCUAUGUCAGAUCAUCACGCGCGAAUACCAAGCCAAAGGCAUUCACGCUGCAUUUAUCGUCGUCGAUGCGCCAGUGGACGGGAAGCUGAUCGGCGGUGUCAGGCGUCGGGCAUGGGCAAGGGAGGGCGCGGAGGAGAAGCUCAACGAUAUCGAGUCUUUUCUCUUGCAACCGGCGGAUUUGGCCGAGACGUAUUGGUUUCUGCAUAAGCAGAAACGUAGUGCGUGGACGCAUGAGAUCGAUGUAAGGCCGCAGAAGGAGAGCAUGUACAGCAGGAUGUAG